AUGAACCCGCAAUGUUCUAAAUGUAAAGCAGCAAUGAGGAGAUAUAACUACUCCGUCAAAGAGAUAGAACGUAUGAGAAACGACUAUGCAGACUUAAAGAAAGAAGCAGAAAAGCCAGCAGAAGAUAAAAUGGACAUGUUAGCAUUUCUGAACAAAAACUAUCCAACUGCUGACGAUUUCCUAUUAUCUGACGUCAAGAAGAAGUAUAAAGAAACCUUCGGCAUAGUUAAAACAUUCGAUGUACUAAAAGAAGAAAUAGAAGCUACAAAACUGUUUAAAGUCAUGAACCAUCGCAACAUAUACCAUGUAAAACGCUUGUAA